AAAUUGGCUUAAAGAGAGAGAGAGAGAGAGAGAGAGAGAAAGAGAAAGAGAGGGAGAGAGGAAGAGAGAGAGAGAGAGAGAGAGAGUGAGAGAGAAACAGACAGACAGUAAGAGAAAGAAAGAAAGAGAGAGAGAAAGAAUGAGUAAGCAAGAGAGAGAGAAAGAAAGAGAGAGAGCGCGGGAGGGGAAGAAUAAUUGGAAUCGAGCGGCGUAGGUGUGUCAGUGUUCGGCUUUCCCCGCGAUAAUGCUGUUGUCAUCGAGAUGCCGAGAUUCACACGUAGACUCGCGCGACUCCCAGUGUCCUGAGUCGCGAUCACGACUUAUAUUCCUUCGAGCCUCUCUUGGAUGGUGAAUAAAAUAAACGAUACGAAAAACUACGAAAGACUGACCGAUAGAAAGAAAGAAAGAAAGAAAGAGAAAAAGCACUCGACGUACAUCUCGUGCUCUAUCACAGGAAGAUUACAAGAGGAACGAGAGUGUUCGCAAUCUUUUCUCUAUCACUCUCGGUUUCUUUCUCCUUCGUUUCUUGUCUCUACCGAACAAUCGUAACGGCAAGCAUAUCGCGAAUAUUGGUUUCUAGAAGAGAAAAAACGAAUUUCUGUUCAUCUUUCUCUCUCUCUCUCUCCCUCCUUCCCUCUCUCUCUCUCUCUCUCUCUCUGUCUUUUUCUUUCUCUUUCUCUCUCUCCUUCUUUCUUAUAUCAAUCGGUUUUCAUUUUGGCGAAAUAUAUAUGCAAAAAAACUUGUCUGAAUGAAACCGAAACAAAGAGGAGGGAAAAAGGGCAAAAUAAUUGCUUGCCUUCCCUUAAAUUUUGAUUAUUACUAUCGCCGUGCUUUCUGUUCUGGGCUAAGGUCCUCGUUGAUUGGACGUCAACAGAAACUGAGAGGGAAGGAAAGUGAGAGAGAAAGAGAUAUCGAACUUGGUACUGUCGAAUGGCACAGGAGUAAAAUAGUAGUAGCGCAACGAUUUAGUGAAUAAAAAGUGGGAGGAGUGAAGAAGUGCACAGAUGAAAGAGGGGAAACACGACGGUGGCCGGUGCUCUGUAAGGUUUUUCGCGGUGUAGAAGUGUACUCAACCGUUCUUAUUCGUCGCGUUUACUUUUGUGCGAUCGAUUCGAACGAAGAGAGAACGAACCAUAACGUAUCUCGAUCUCGAGUGGUCCAAUUCUGUUAUAGUUCAUUUUUAUGAUUGUGAGAAAGAAGAAAGUAGUGAAGGAAGAAGAGAAGUCGGAUGUACAACGAACAAGGGUGAAAGGAAAAGAGAAAGAAAAGUAUUCGGUGUCCCUGUAUAUAUCGGACAUGAGCACGACUCUUCGUGUUCGUUCGUUGUUAUUGUCGCCGUCGUCAUCGUCAUUAUCGUUAUCAUUAUCAUCGUCAUCAUCAUUAUCACCGGGAUAUAAGGUGCAGUCGAUUCGUUCAUCAUCGGUAGAAGAUCGUUUCAACGAAAACCAUCAAGCAGCCGGUCGUUGCUUUCUGUGAAACGAACGUCGAGCGUCGACAAACUCUACGACAGCGUUAAGCUUCACAAAUACGACGUCAGAGGGCCGGCGAUACGCGACUUCCGUGCGUGUCUCGUCGCGCUCCGCCUAUCAGUUACCGUCGCUAGUUCCGCGAGAGAGGACUACGUCCUCUUCUCUUUUUCAUAUUUUACAACUUUUCCUUUUCUUUUUUUUUUUUUCUUUUUUGAAUGUCGUUCAAUUUGGUCGAUCCAACGAAAACUCGCGGACGAAGGAAGCGAAGACCAAGGAAAAUGAUUAAGUGAGAGGAGGAGAAAGAAGAAGGAGAAGGAGAAGCAGAAGAAGAAGAAGAAGAAGAAGAAGAAGAAGAAGAAAGAAGUAGAAGACGACGACGUACGGUAGAGCGAAGUAGUGUACGUGUGUGUGUAUGUGAGUGAGAAAGAGAGGAAGAAAAAGUGAAAGAGAAAAAAGCAGGCAAUAUAUAUCCCUUCGUUUCUCUACGUCACUACUCUCUUUCUCUCUCUCUCUCUCUCUUUCUUUCUCUCUCUCUUUAUCUAUCUAUCUAUCUAUCUAUUUAUCUAUCUAUGUAUAUAUCUCUAUCUCUCUUUUUUUGCUGUCUCUCGCUCUCGCGCACGUGUGUCCUUUAUAAAGUGUAGUGUCGUGUGUGUUUCGUUCGUAUACACCCUACUGACCGAUCGUUGCCGUCGCCUCCGUCGCCGUCGUCAUCGUCGUCGUCGUCGUCGUCGUCGUCAUUGUUAUUGUCGUUGCCGUCGUCAUCGUCAUCGUCAUCGUCAUCGUUAUUCGUCUUUUUGCGCGCUAAAGUGGUCAGAAUUUUCGGGCGUGUGAGCGAAGAGAAAGAGAGAAGAAAGGAGGUGGGGAGGUGGGAGAGAAGUGAAAAAGAAAUAGCGACAUCAAAAUGUGGAGUGCGAUGUGUGACGUGAUGCCAACGAUCGCGGAGGACAGUAUCAGUCAAAGAAGUUCGCAGUUCUCUGGCGAGGACGCGAACUUCGAACAAUUAAUGGUUUCGAUGUUGGACGAAAGGGACAAACUAAUGGAUUCGUUGCGCGAAUGUCAGGAACGAGUACAGGAGGCCGAGACCAGAGUGAGGGAGCUUGAGAAGGAACGGGAUUCGCUCAAUCGUCAAAUUUAUGCCAACAUUCCGCAGGAACUAUCACAAUUGACAAAGGAAUUAGCAGCAGCGCGUGAAAACAUUUUACAGAGAGAAGAAGAAAUAUCAGAAUUGAAAGCAGAACGGAACAACACACGUCUUCUACUGGAACAUCUUGAAUGUUUGGUUUCUCGACACGAACGAUCGCUGAGGAUGACGGUCGUAAAACGUCAAGCCGCGGCACAAUCGGGCGUGUCGUCGGAAGUUGAAGUACUAAAAGCUUUAAAGAGUUUGUUCGAACAUCAUAAAGCUUUGGACGAGAAGGUACGCGAACGAUUGCGCGUAGCUCUCGAAAGGAAUACGAGCCUUGAGGAGGAAUUGGCCCAUACCAAAGAAGAGCUCCAACAGUAUAAAGUAAGUGGAAUUACGCCUAAAGCCAUAGACGACAAACCUAAAGAAAAUGGUCAAACGGAUGAUGGUCAACAACAAAACAAGAAUGAGACUGAGCAGGCUGAAAGUCAGCAGGAGCCACAACAGCAGCUUCAACAGCAACUACAGCAGCAGCAGCAGCAACACGCAAUACAAAAGCUAGGUACAGAGAAGCCAACAGAGAUAGCAAGCAGAUUGAGCAAUGGCAGUCUUGAUCCAUCCGACCAGGAUUCGGCAGUACGAGUAAUAGACUUGCAAGCCACUCUUGAUAAGCAGAGUACUGAGUUAAGUACGUGGCAACGGCGUGUAGCAGAAUUAAGCGGACGAGUUGCAGAAUUAGAAGAAACACUCUGUAAAAGCCAAAAGGAUCUUAUAAAAACUCAGGAAAAUAAUGUUAAGUUGCAAAGAGAUCUGCGUGAAAAUGCUGCACAGAAAGAGGACCAAGAAGAAAGGAUUGCAACUCUUGAGAAACGUUAUCUUAAUGCUCAACGGGAAUCAACUAGCUUACAUGAUCUCAAUGAGAAAUUAGAACAGGAGCUUCAACAUAAAAAAGCUCAAUUAAAGCUUCAAGAAGAAAAGAUAGCAGCUAUACAAGAAAAAUUGGAACUUGCAGAACAAAAAUUAACCCAAUAUGCUAAGUUACCUGAAAUGGAAGAACAAUUGAAGCAGAGGAUGGAGGCUCUGACCCAGGUGAGGAGGCCCAACCAGGCCCAGGAGAGGCAUGGUAGUGCAGAAGAUAGAAUACAAAGGUUAGAAGCACAAUUAGAAGAGAAGAAUGCAGAAGUAAUGCGUGUUAAUCAACGACUUAAGAUGAAUGAAGAACAUAAUACUCGAUUAAGUGCAACAGUUGAUAAACUUUUAUCUGAAUCUAAUGACAGGCUACAGACACAUUUAACAGAAAGAAUGGAAGCAAUAGAAGAAAAGAAUGCGAUAACGCAGGAACUUGAAAAGACGAGGAAAAUAGCUGAAGAUUUACAAAAUGAAAAGGCAGAUAUUGUUAAAGAGCUAGGAAAAGCACGUCUCGAAAUUGAUAAUGUAAAGAGACAAAUGCUGCAGCAAGAAAUUGCUUUUAAUAUUCAACAAACGGAUGCAUUGACUAGAAGUCUUUCUCCUAAUGCUGUGGAUCCUGGCUCAUUUUCGAGAAGUGCAAGUCAUAGUAGUUUUGACACACACUCAUUGCCUAGAAGAGGAGGCAAAAGAGCUGCAAUAGAAGAGGAUGCUUCAAAGAAUUAUGUAGUACGUACUCUUGCAGAACAAGAAUGGGAAAAACUUCAACAAGCUCAUGUUCUAGCAAAUGUACAGCAAGCAUUUGAUGUCUCCAGUGACGCUGAAGGUGACGGUGAUAAUGAAAGUAUCUUUAGUUGUUCGGCAGAGGUAAUUAGUCCAGCGGGACACACCGAUGCUCAAACACUUGCGCUGAUGUUACAAGAACAAUUAGAUGCUAUCAAUAAUGAGAUUAGAUUAAUUCAGGAAGAAAAACAGAACACCGAAGCACGAGCAGAAGAAUUAGAAUCUCGAGUAGGUAGCUUUGAACAUAUGAAUUUAUUAGCAAGAGGACGCAGUCUCGAGCGAGCGUCACCUCCAUUAAGUGGUCGUUCUACACCAAAAUCACAUCAUAGCCCUAACAGAGAUUAUUUACACAAAUAUCACACAGCACCAGCAUCAAUGUCUCCUGCUCAUUUACAUCAGUAUGCUGCAUCCCUUGCUAGUCCUGGACAACUUUCAGAAUCACUUCCUGCAAGCCAGUUGCAGUUGUCUGGAGAAGAACUGCACUCAGUGAGCGAAAGAGAUAGCGUCGGUGGUGUUGGAAGUGCUAGCAGCGAUGCCGCUUCCCCAUUGACAGCCAGAUCACUUAGAUUAGAGCGUGUUGUGCAAGCACUUGCUCAUAGCCAGGAAGAGCUAAGAAGACGUACUGGACAAACAGGAUUUCCCAGCAGUGGCUUUUCCCCACACAGCAGGCAUGGACAACAUAGCAACGGCGCACUCAAUUCUGGGACUCCUCCUUCCCCAUUGUCCUCACGCCACAGUAGCCAGGACAGUUUACACAAGAACAAUCUAUCCAGUGUUGGACUACCUAUUGGACAAUUAUCGAGUUCGCAUCUGCACAUGCAAACAACCAUGAGUCCAGCAACAGCAGCUGCAGUAGCAGCAGCUCAGAAGAAAAAAGGCAUAAAGAGCAGUCUUGGCAGGUUCUUCAGUAAAAAAGAAAAGAUAAAGGGAAAAGAUACAACGAUGCCUGGAGAUGUACCUGGUAUGGGAGGUGCGAGUACACCUGCAGAUCCUGAUUAUGGAGAUAGCGUCUCUGUGGCAGGAACAUUAGGGAGCAAGAGUGAUUUUGAUCGAAGAAAAAAGAAAAGUCCCAGUAUGUUUGGUAGUAUGCUGGAUUCUUCACGACAUGAGCUAUUGGCCGAAGCAAUGAAAGCUGGGACACCUUUUGCUCUUUGGAACGGACCAACCGUCGUUGCUUGGCUGGAGCUUUGGGUUGGCAUGCCUACCUGGUACGUUGCGGCAUGUCGAGCUAAUGUCAAAAGUGGUGCUAUAAUGAGUGCACUGAGUGACACCGAAAUACAACGUGAGAUCGGUAUCAGUAACUCUUUGCACCGACUGAAAUUGAGACUAGCUAUCCAAGAAAUGGUGUCACUUACAAGUCCAUCCGCACCUAAAACUUCUCGCACAACAUUAGCUUUUGGAGAUAUGAAUCACGAAUGGAUAGGAAAUGUAUGGUUGCCGAGUCUUGGAUUACCCCAAUAUCGAUCCACUUUCAUGGAGUGCCUUGUCGACGCUAGAAUGUUGGAUCAUCUCACUAAAAAAGAUCUGCGUGGUCAACUUAGGAUGAUUGAUAGUUUUCAUAGGACAAGUUUACAGUAUGGGAUUUCGUGUUUGAAGAGAUUAAAUUAUGACAGACAACAGUUAGAAGAAAGAAGAAGAAUGGCAGAAGGAGCUAAUGUAGAUGUUCUUGUGUGGAGUAACGAUCGAGUCAUACGAUGGGUACAGUCGAUCGGUCUAAAGGAAUAUGGAAACCAUCUCUUAGAAUCUGGAGUACAUGGUGCCCUAAUUGCUUUGGAUGAAAGUUUUGAUGCAAAUAGUUUUGCUCUCGCUUUGCAAAUUCCUACACAAAAUACACAGGCAAGGCAACUUUUAGAAAUGGAAUUUGCAAAUUUAUUAACGGUAGGAACAGAGAGGCGACCGGACGUUUCUAAUAUGAAAUCCUGAUCCAACUCGUCAAACAGAUUGCCCCAUCUUCAACCCCAUCAUGUCUAGUCGAGAACCCCAGCUAUUACUACUGUCUGUACGCAAGUGUGUUGUAAAAGUUGUAAGAGCUUUAAGUAUCAUCCUAAAGAUAUCUUCGUACUGUUACGCCAUGUGGCACGCGGUAAUGAUAUACAUACAUGCGUGAACGUAAAAUUGUAACGUAAAAACGAUUGUAUUUAUUGUAUGCUCAGAACUGAGCUCUUAAAUGUUUCCUUCAUUUGUAUGAUCGCACAUUUAAUGAUGUUCCGCGUGCCAUAUACUUUGACAAGAAAUACCUACGCGUAAAUUAUUUUCUUAUAGAUACUGAAAUGUAGGAGGUGGUCAUGUGUCGCAACUGCAUUCAAAGGAAUUGCAGUAUAUCUCCUCGAAGGCCAAAAUAUGAGUUGAACACAAUCACGACAAUAAAUCCGCCUCAUUUGACUUGUUAUGUUUUUACGGGUAACAGAUCAAUUGUAGUUUAGUAAAAUAUUGUUACAUGGCACUUUAGAUAUUCUACUACGACUAUUGCACUCUUCUUGUAUUAUAUCGUGUACUUAUAUAAUAAUUCUGCAUAUAAAAGCGGCUUAUGUUGUCGUUGCAACUAGCACAAAAUGAAUGGUUAAAAGAAAUUCACAAUGAUGCAGUAUACACUCGGGGAAUCGUUAAUAUUUUAUAUACAAAGACGGGGACUGCAUUCUAUGUUUCUGUGUCUGUAAGAGGGCAAUGAUGAGCCGACAAAGUCUAUGUGUAUUUUACUUUUCACAAAUGGAACUUAGAGUAUUCGUUCUUCUUUUUUCUUAUUUCAAUGAAUUUUGAGUGUUGUAGAGUCACGUAUAUAAUAAAAAACACUAAGUAUUAUAAAUGAAAUUCAGCAAGCAACUAUUGCAAAUAAGAAAAAAUCUUAUUGAAAGAAAUGCAAUUACAUAGACGCGUUUAAGAAGCUAGCCUGUUAAGAAAGACUUAUGAACAGACAUUUUAUACCAAAAUAUGUGCGCAAUGUAUAGCUAAAUGUUUAAAACGUUAUUAGGUAUCCUAAUAUGAAACGACGUUUAAUGUUAAUUUAUAAUUGUCCUAUCAAGGGACCGUAUGUUAUCGCUUUCAGGUGCAUACCAGUAAUAAAAAUGUGCAUAUAUAUCAGUAAAAAUGAUCGUAAUGAUGAAGAAAUUGUAUCUUGAUUUUUUGAUGCUUUACAAAGAAAUUAUUUUAUUUUAUUUACUUAAGUCGCGUUACUAAACCUUUCGAACGUUUCUUUUACUACUAUUAUUACUACUACCUAUAUUACUACUAUUACUAGUACUAAUAUUACUAUUACUAUUAUUAUUACACUACUACUAUUAUUAUUAUUACUAUUACUACUAUUAUAUUACUACUACUAUUACUGCUACUACUACACACUACUACUACACUACUACUACUGCUACUACUGCUACUACUACUACUACUACUACUACUACUACUACUACUACUACUACUACUACUGCUACUACUACUACUACUACCACUACUACUACUACUACUACUGCUACUCCUACUACUCCUACUAUUACUACUACUACUACUACUACCACUACUACCACUACUACUACUAUUAUUACUACUACUACUACUGCUACUACUACACUACUACUACUACUACUAUUACUACUACUACAACUGUUACUACUACUACUACUACUGUUACUACUACUACUACUACUACUACUACUACUACUACUACUACUACUACUACUACUGUGUGUUACAUCGGUAGCAAAAGGAUCCACGACGCAAGCAUAAUUACAUACAUAAAAAAAGAGACUUAGAUGAAAUAUACAGGGAGAAAUGAUUGGAGUCAAUGGCAGUAUAAACUAUACCGACAGUGCUAGUGAAAUUGCUAAUAACAGUAAUAAUGCAGAAGACAAUGAUUACGACGAUAAUAAUAAUUAUCAAUAAAACCUUUAAGAUGCUAAAGAGGGUGGCAAAAGACUGAGAGACAAAGACAGCGACUGUAAAGUGACAAAUUGAUCAUGAUAAAGACGAUCGCAAUGAUGACAAGUUAUAAUGGUGAUGUUGUUAAUGUUGUUGAUAAUUGAGGAAUCGUUGUUAAUGUUUGUUUCCCUGUGAAGUAUCCCAUGCAAGCUGUUCAUUCGUUGUAGUUCCAUAGCUCUGCACGAUCUUCCGAAGGGGCGUUCACGUUAUCAAAUAAUUUCUGCCAAAGACGUGUGUGACGCGAUGCUUUUAUAAUAAUUAAAUAUGAGCGCUUAAACGGCAGUGCCCCAAUUGCGUGCAGAUGCGUGAAUGUGAUACACACGUUUUGUACGUUCAAUUGUACAAAUUCAUUGCGCAUCGCCAAGUUGUCUUUUCUUUUAGCAUUACCAGUCAAUUCAUCCACUUCUAUAAUGGUGAAAAGGACUCGCUAAAGCCAAAGCAAUGCUACGCUACCUCUGUGCUAAAGUGCUCUGGUAGUUCUCUUUUUUUUUCAAAUUGCCAUCGAUGCAGUUUUAUUUUAUUUGAAAAAUUAACAUAAUGGAUUAUUAAAUGAUGCACCAGAUUAACAUGGUUCAGAUUGUUUAGUUAAUUUUUCAAAGAAUGCGAUAGAAAUAUUUUCUAUCAAAGCUUCGUAUGUGUAUGUGUAUGUAUGUGUGUGUAUAUAUAGAUAUAUAUAUAUAUAUAUGUAUGUAUAUGUAUAUAUAUAUAUACCGCUUUACUUGUACAAUAAUUAUCUUGUUAUUUGCAGAAUUUAUAAAGUAUUUUAUUAAUUCUCGUCGCUCUAAAAUCAACUAACUUUAGUUUGAUUGCAAAAGAAAAUGUUUAAAGAGAGAGCAUCUUUAUCAAAGUAACGUAAUUACAUUUAUUGUUACGGAAUAUAUUAAGAGAGUGUAUAGACUUAAUUUAUAUAAAUAUACAGUCAUGUAAAAUUGAUAAUCUGCGCCUUUUGAAAGAACAUGGCCGUCUCUCCCUUUCGGAAGAGUCGUAGCAGUACUUGUAAAUGACUGAACUUAUUUGUAAUGUAUGCUAGUUAAUAAUAACUAUUUAUAGACAUUCCAACGCGAGGACCUUCCAACCAUUCAUAAUCCCAUAUGUGUAUGUACAUCAUGGAUCAGUAUGUAGCAGCUUUGACGCCUUCUAUGUAUCUAAGUAUAAAUAUACAUAUAGGUACGAGAAAAACACAUUUCUCAAUCCAACCUCCGACUGAUUGGUGUCGAAUAGAGCUUGCUUAAUCAGAAGCAUAAUCGAAUAUUUAAAAAACAAUCAUUAAAGAUUGAUUCAAUGUAUAUAAUGUUUUUACCGAGAAUUUCACAAAUUUUAUUGUAUUAUUUAUUAUGAUUUGUAUAAAGUAUAUUAUACAUGUAUGUUUGAUUUAUAUAUAUAUAUAUAUAUAUAUAUAUAUAUAUAUAUAUACACAUACAUAUACACACACAUAAUGUUUAUACGUAAAUGAACAAACAUUUCUCAUUUGUGUCCACUUUAAAAUUAAUGUAAUAUGAAUAUUGUAUUCCGUCGAUUAAUUUGUAUAACAAAUAUUCUUCUGUUAAAAAUUGAAAUACUUAAGGAUUCUCGGUAAAAGUGUAACUUUUUAUUUUUCGUCUAUCGAUAUAUACAUAUCAUGUGGUUAUUUAUAAUAGAUGCGAUAGCGAAUUUGAUAUAUAUCUUGUAUAUCCAAUUACUCAUAUUUUUAUUUAUCAUUUACAUUUUAAUCUUUUUCAAUUUGGACAACAAUGAAAAUGCCGGUAGAAACAUAUAUAUAUAUAUAUUCAUAGAUAAAUUUGUGCCGUGAUUAACUGUAUUCUAAUGUUAUAUAUUACUUCCAUAUAUAUCUUUCUGUUGUAUAUUCUUCCUUAUGCUCAAUUCGGCCAAACUGACGGAAAGGCAAAACGUUAUCUCGGACUUUUGUACAACACGUCGCGAAUAACGGCUAAUUAAUUGUACAUAUUUGUGUGCGUGUAUGCGCGCGUGCGUGUGCCUCUGUUCUCGUGUAUGUGUGUGCGUGUGUGUAUAUAUACAACCUUAUCCUGUGUAUAUAUGAAUUAUUUAUUAACGAGAAUCUGUAAGUUUUGAGCAUUUCAUAAUGUGUCAUGUGUAGUGAAUUAUGUCAUUGCAUUACAACCAGAUAUGUAUCAUUAAA